AUGUUUGUAACAUCUCCGGUGAAAACAAACUUCUACGGCGUCAGCCUAGUGAGAUCUCCGGCGUUUCCGAUACUUCCACGGCGGCGACAACACAUAGUUCCAAGUUCUAGACAAGUCCGAGCUGUGAUAAGCCGGGAAGAAAAGUCGGUGGAUCAAGAAGAUGGUAAAAAUCUAAACGGUUCACUAAUAAGUAGCUCUCCUGCGUUUCCGUGGCAGAGAUCUAAGUAUGAGGGAACCAAAACGGUUGUGGCGGUUGUGAAGAUCAGGAAGAAGAUGAGAGAGAAGCUAACGGAGAGGCUUGAGCAUCAGUUAGAGCUUUUGAUGAAAGCCAUAGGUCAAGGGAUGUUGAUUCAGCUUGUUAGUGAAGAAAUCGAUCCUGAAACUGGUUCGGGUCGAAGAAGUUCAGAAACUCCAGUGUUAGGACUCCCCAAGGAACGGAACAAUCCUAGAUACCUCGAGUUCACAGCCAACUUCACUGUCCCCACUGACUUUGGUAAACCAGGUGCCAUUUUUGUCACCAAUCUUCUUUCCUCGGAGAUUUGCUUGUCAGAGAUUAUCAUCCAUGAUGGCAGUGAUACCAUCCUCUUCCCUGGAAACACUUGGAUCCACUCUAGAAACGAUAACCCUGAAGGCAGGAUUAUCUUCACAAGCCAGACAUGCAUACCUUCCCACACUCCAGCCGGGAUCAAAGAGCUACGAGAAAAGGACUUGACUAGUGUCCGUGGCAACGGAAAAGGCGAGAGAAAGCCUCAUGAGAGGAUCUAUGACUACGAUAUCUACAACGAUAUAGGCGAUCCACGUAAAAAAGAUCGAGUCAGGCCUAUUCUUGGUGUUCCAGAGAGGCCCUAUCCAAGACGUUGUAGGUCUGGCCGGCCUCUCCUUCCAGACACACCGUUUGAGAGCAGAGGAAAAGACAAGGAUGAGUUUUAUGUCCCAAGAGACGAAGUCUUUGAAGAUAUCAAGAGAGAUACGUUUAGAGCUGGGAGAUUUAAAGCUCUCUUUCACAACCUCGUCCCAUCUAUUGCAGCUGCGUUGUCUAACUUAGACAUUCCUUUUACAUGCUUCUCGGAUAUAGACAGGUUAUACAAAUCUGAUAUUGUCUUGAGACAUACAGAGACACAAGACAAAGGCCUUGGUGGUUUUAUUGAUGGGAUACUCAACGUUGGUGAAACGUUACUAAGAUAUGACACUCCUGCCGUUAUAAAAUGGGAUAGGUUUGCUUGGCUGAGAGACAAUGAGUUUGGUCGUCAAGCUCUUGCCGGUGUCAACCCUGUCAACAUUGAGCUUCUGAAGGAGUUGCCAAUUAGAAGCAAGCUUGACCCGGCACUAUAUGGAUCUCCAGAAUCUGCUCUCACAGAAGAAGUGAUUGCUCGAGAAGUUCUACACUAUGGAAUGACUUUAGAACAGGCGUUUGAGGAGAAGAGAUUGUUUCUCCUGGAUUACCAUGACAUACUCUUACCAUUUGUAGACAAGAUAAACUCCAUCAAAGAAGAUCCAAGAAAGACAUAUGCUUCAAGAACAAUCUUCUUUUACUCAAAAGCUGGUGCCCUAAGGCCAUUGGCUAUAGAGCUCUCCUUGCCUCCCACACCUGAGAACGAAAACAAGUUUGUUUAUGCUCACGGACAUGACGCUACUACUCACUGGAUUUGGAAGCUAGCCAAAGCUCAUGUCUGCUCAAAUGAUGCUGGUGUUCACCAACUAGUUAAUCACUGGCUAAGGACUCACGCUUGCAUGGAGCCUUACAUCAUUGCUACCAACAGACAAUUGAGUUCAAUGCAUCCAGUUUACAAGCUGCUUCACCCUCAUAUGCGUUACACGCUAGAAAUCAAUGCGCGUGCACGUAAAAGCUUGAUCAAUGGAGGAGGGAUUAUAGAGAGUUGCUUCACUCCUGGAAAAUACGCAAUGGAGCUAAGCUCUGCAGCUUACAAGAGUAUGUGGCGGUUUGACAUGGAAGGACUUCCUGCUGAUCUUAUCCGAAGGGGAAUGGCAGAGGAGGAUUCUUCAGCUGAGUGUGGUGUGAAGCUUGUGAUAGAAGACUAUCCUUACGCAGCAGAUGGUCUUUUGAUCUGGAAAGCUAUCAAGAACCUAGUUGAAUCAUACGUGAAACACUUCUACUCUGAUCCUAACUCCAUAACCUCUGACCUUGAGCUCCAAGCGUGGUGGGAUGAGAUCAAGAACAAAGGACACUACGACAAGAAAGACGAGCCUUGGUGGCCUAAACUAAACACAACACAAGACUUGACCGAGAUCCUAACCAACAUGAUCUGGAUCGCAUCAGGACAACACGCGGCACUUAACUUUGGUCAGUACCCGUUCGGAGGGUAUGUACCUAACAGACCUACGCUGUUGAGGAAACUUAUACCGCACGAAAACGAUCCAGACUAUGAAAUAGUAUGUAUGGUAAAUUCUGCAAUUGAUAAGAGAAGAAAAACGAUCACUUGA